UAGACAGAGUCUUGUUCUGUCGCCCAGGCUGGACUGCAAUGGCGCCAUCUCGGCUUACUGCAAUCUCCGCCUCCCGGUUUGCUCCUGCUUCAGCCUCCCCAGUAGCCGGCAUAACAGGCGCCCGCCACCACGCCCGGCUAAUUUUUAUACUUUUAGUAGAGACAGGUGUUCACCAUGUUGGCCAGGCUGGUCUCGAACUCCUAACCUCAAGUGAUCCGUCCGCCUCGGCCUCCCAAAGUAGGUGCUGGGAUCACAGGCGUGAACCACCGCACCCGGCCAGAGCUUAGGUUUCUGUUCGUGACAACUUUCUGUAUUGGUUGGCAGGUUCUCCUAGCACCACCAUGAUCUCAGGACUAACCGCUGCACACCCGUGAUGGGAUUCCAAACCUUCGCUGCAAGAAGACAAGGUGACGAGUUGCUGACAGUGAAGGCUGAACUAACACGGACAGUGAAGUGCUAAAUGAGUCGGACUCCGACUCCAGGUGAAGCAGAGGUCAGAGCGAGGCAGCUCACGUUCUGGGUAAGCUGCAGUUCGAUUUCAGGGCCGACUCAUCCAGAUUACUCAAUCUUCAUUUCAGGCAAUUGUAUGACUGCUAAAAAUACAGCUGCUUGGGGCAUCUGGGGUUGGGAACUCAUUUCUGCCAGGUCUUUGACCCCUGAAAGCGUCGUUGCGUCUGGCCCCGUGGGUAGGGUAGGGCGGGAUUUCUAGGAGGACCAGCAGAGGGGCGCAUGGGUGCGCGAUGCUGGGCCAGAGCGCCGCGGCACCGGUGUAGGAGCGCGCAUGGCCAGAGCUCCUUCCAUCUCAGCGGCGUCUCAGUGCUGCAGCGGGAACCGCUGUUUGCUUCCCUGAGGAGCUUCUAGAGAGCUACGGUGGCCCCCGUGUAGGUGGUGGGGCGGGGAGCGUGGCGGCGUGGGCGUCUCUGUCCUCUCCUCGGUAGCUCUCCUCCCUCCCCUUUCUGCUGCUAUGGGGAGCGCGGUGGCCACGGAACGCUGCCCCGAGCCGCGCGAGGAAGGACCUGACGCGCAGCGUUUACCCAGCGCAACGUUCCACCGGCGCAGCGUUCCACCGCCCGGGUUUGGCUGGAAUAGCUCUCCAGACCCCCAGCUGGCCAUGUGGUGAGUUCGGAGCCCAAAUCAAGUAGUACCAGCCAUCAGGGAACUCCCUCUAUCUGUUUUGAAUGGAUUCACACCAGUCACAAGCCUGGAAAGAUGGUGUCACAGUCUACAGUCAGGCAGGAUUCUCCUGAGGACCCCUGGGAAAGGAUCACCCAUUACUCUGGCAUUAUUGAUGGACCGCCUGGACUCCUGAACACUGACCAUCCUCCUUGCCAAUUAGACAUCAGGCUCAUGAGGCACAAAGCUGCCUGGAUCAACCCCCAGGAUGUGCAGCAACAGCUGCAGGACUUGCAACCUCAGGUGCCAGCAGCCGGGAACAGUGGGACCCAUUUUGUGACAGAUGCUGCCUCUCCCUCAGGCCCUUCAUCUUCGUGCCUCAGGGACUCCCUGGCAGAGACAACAUUGUCUGAGGCUACUACAGACUCCAUUGGCAGCGCUUCUCCCCAUGGCUCGAGGGAAAAGAGUAGCAGCUUCUCUCUGUCCUCAACAGAAGGACACAUGGUCCACCCAGGAUACUCUCAUCAAGUGUCUCUGCCCACAAGCCCUAGGAUUUUGGUCACCUCCCCAUAUCCUGAGACUGACAGUGCUUUUUUUGAGCCUUCCCACCUGACAUCUGCUGCUGCUGAAGAUGCUGUUCAAGUCAGUAGAAGAACCAUUUCUUUGAAUUCCUUCUCACCAGAAGUAUUUGUGCUGCCUGUUGAUGUAGAAAAGGAAAAUGCCCACUUUCAUGUUGCAGAUAUGAUUAUAUCAGCAAUGGAGAAAAUGAAGUGUAACAUUCUGAGUCAACAGCAGACAGAGAACUGGAGUAAAGAAGAAGCCAGUGGGUUACUUGGGAGUGAUCAGCCUGACUCUGACGUGACUUUUGAUACCAACAUAAAGCAAGAGUCUGGGUCUUCCACUUCUUCAUACAGUGGCUAUGAAGGUUGUGCUGUGUUACAGGUCAGCCCAGUGACUGAAACACGUCCUUACCCUGAUGUGAAAGAGAUUUGCCAAUGCGACAUUGAUGAAUUUGUUAUUUUAGAGCUUGGAGAUUUUAAUGAUAUCACAGAAACCUGUAGCUGUUCCUGCAACUCCUCUAAGAGUGUCACUUAUGAGCCAGAGUUCAAUUCUGCUGAACUAUUAGCCAAAGAGCUGUACCGCGUGUUCCGGAAGUGCUGGAUGCUGUCACUAGUUAAUUCUCAGCUGGCAGGUUCCCUGAGUGCAGCUGGCUCAAUAGUUGUAAAUGAAGAGCGUGUCCGAAAAAACUUUGAAUCCAGUAUGAAUGUUGUACAGGAAAUUAAAUUUAAGUCUAGGAUCAGAGGGACUGAAGACUGGGCUCCUCCUAGAUUUCAAAUCAUAUUUAAUAUUCAUCCACCACUCAAGAGGGACCUUGUGGUAGCAGCCCAGAAUUUUUUCUGUGCCGGCUGUGGAACUCCAAUAGAGCCUAAGUUUGUGAAGCGGCUCCGGUACUGCGAAUACCUAGGGAAGUAUUUCUGUGACUGCUGCCACUCAUAUGCAGAGUCCUGCAUCCCUGCCCGAAUCCUGAUGAUGUGGGACUUCAAGAAGUACUACGUCAGCAAUUUCUCCAAACGGCUGCUGGACAGCAUAUGGAACCAGCCCAUUUUCAAUUUGCUGAGCAUUGGUCAAAGCCUGUAUGCGAAAGCCAAGGAGCUGGGCAGAAUGAAGGAAAUUCAGGAACAGCUCUUCCAUAUCAAGAAGCUAUUGAAGACCUGUAGGUUUGCCGACAGUGCAUUAAAGGAGUUUGAGCAGGUGCCGGGACACUUGACUGAUGAGCUCCACCUGUUCUCCCUUGAGGACCUGGUCAGGAUCAAGAAAGGGCUGCUGGCACCCUUACUCAAGGACAUUCUGAAAGCUUCCCUUGCACACGUGGCCGGCUGCGAGCUGUGUCAAGGAAAGGGCUUUAUUUGUGAAUUUUGCCAGAAUACGACUGUCAUCUUCCCAUUUCAGACAGCAACAUGUAGAAGAUGUUCAGAAAAGGUUGCCGACCCUUCUACGGUAUUAGUGCCCGAGAGAAUCCCGUGUUCUGUAAACUCUGUUUCAUGGGAGAGAUCCUGCGUGCAGAGCUUGCUUUCACAAACAGUGCUUCCAGUCCUCCGAGUGCCCCCGGUGUGUGAGGAUCACAGCUAGGAGAAAACUUCUGGAAAGUGUGGCCUCUGCAGCAACAUGAUGCCCCUGAGUAUUGUGAAAAAGACUGUUCAACCUGCCUUAUGAUAACAUCGAUUUGUGUCCAUUAUUGGUGACAUUGUUUUAGAUAUCUGGUAUUGUAUAUUAAGGAAAAAGAUGGUCUAUAUUCUCUUUAUUGCAUAUACUUAAUGUUUCAAAAGAUUGCAGAGUCUGUGAUUAAGCACAGGGUUGAUAGUGGUUUUGUUUACAAAUGUUCUGUUUUGGCUGCUAUUGGUUUUUUAAAGAGGUUUUUUUUAUACUUUUGUAUUUGAAUAGUGAUGUUUAACUGAUGUUGAGCCAGUGUGUGUGUGUGUGUGUGUGUGUGUGUACAUAUGUGAAUGGUAACUGACAAGAUGAAUUACUCAAUUUCUCUCCCUCUAAUGCUUGUUUGAUGAAACUGCUUGGUUCUUUCAGUGAACAAGAAUAUGACCCCAAAUCUGUUUGUCCUGGCUUUUAUUUCUUCAAGAAACAGACUUCCACUUAAAUGCCAUUUUGUGAUUGUGUCAAUCAUACACAUUUUAUUUACUCCAGAGUUUGAAUAGAGAGUACACAUUUCUUCUGCAGCUUUAUUUCAUGAUGAGUUUGAGUUGCUUAGCAGGGCGUGUAGAUCCAGUUGAAGUGCAGUUUGAAGCAGCUGCCUCUAGAUGGCAUUCUUUCAGGUGGCACAAAUCAAACCUGUAUUUGUCGUCUCUGUUCCACACGCUGUAAUGUCAAGGGACGCAGGAGUAGAACUCCAUCCCUGCCCUUGAGGAUCUUGCUUUAUAGAUGUAAAACUGAACAUACGGUAUUUGCAGAUUUAAACAAAUUGGGGGAAAUAAUGAACAGUGUAAUUCUAGUAAUAACAUUAAAAUCAUAGACAUUGACUAAUAA